AUGUCAGAUUCCAACGAGGAUCCUGGAAGCGGACAGGCACUCCCUGGGUCGAGAGCAGCAGGAACAGCAGCUAUUACUGUGCCUACCGCCCUCCCCCUAGAAUCGGUCGAGCAAUCGUUAAGUGACUCCGACUCGGGGUACGAAGAAGGCACCUUGUCAACGGCCUCGGUGACUUCUAGCAUCUACGCAUUCGAGCAAGAGAAUGGCAGGACGUACCACUCAUACAAGGCUGACAAGAAAUAUGUCAUACCCAACGACGAGGCUGAAAGAGAGCGAAUGGAUAUCCACUAUCACAGUCUCCGCUACGCCAUGAGAGAUCAACUCUUCUGUGCCCCAAUAGAGCAUCCGAUCUCUGUCUUUGAUGUGGGCACAGGCACUGGUAUCUGGGCCAUGGACGUGGCAGAUGCAUAUCCAGGAGCGCGGGUGCUGGGCAUCGACUUGUCUCCCAUCCAGCCAACCUGGGUAGCUCCAAACCUUGAAUUCCAGGUAUUCGAUCUGGAGGAGCCGUGGGACAUGCCUGAGCGGUUUGACCUGGUGCAUAGCCGCGAGAUGAACGGUUUCUCGAUCAAGAGCUGGCCCAAAUUCUUCGAGCAGGCCUUUGCGUCCCUGCGGCCCGGUGGGUGGGUCGAGUGCCAGGAAUUUGACCUGAAUAUUAGUUCCGACGACAACACCAUCCCCGAAAACAGUGCCGUGAUAAAAUGGCAAAAUCUUUGGGAGCAAGGUGUCCAACAAGGCGGCAUGACAGGUCGAUGUUACCCAGCCAAGAUGGCAGAACAGAUGCGCGGAGUAGGCUUCAUCAACAUCAGGAUCCUUCCCUUCAAGAUGCCAAUUGGACCCUGGGCCAAAGAUCCCAUGCUGCGCCAGUCAGGACUAUGCACGCUUGUGGGUCUGUUGGACGGUGUGUUUGGACUGAGUGUCAGAGUGUACACUCAGCUUCUUGGUUGGUCUGUCGAGGAAUUGGAGGCGCUGCUUGUGCAAGUGCGGCAAGAAUGGAAGAGCAAGAGGAUUCACAGCUAUUUUCCAAUGUGA